AACCUUGGUAGACAGACAUCUUGCUUUUUUCAGGACUACCUGCUGGGAUAGGUACACGAUAAGUAAAGCUCUGUAUGCCAGGAGAGUAGAGUGUUAAUUAAAUAACAACGCCACUGGGAACCCAUCUACUACUCACUGUUAUCAUCUGCGAGACUGUCUAUCACAGUCCCUUCUCGCGUUCACGUCACCACCGUCACCACCAACAAUUCCACUGCCUCUAGUAAUCCUUAUUUCUAUCUCUUCUCCCUUUUCAUUUCCCUUCGAACUAUCACCUAUCUUAGUCCGAUUAAUUAGAGGACGCGAUAGUUGAUCUACUGGCCCAACCAUCAAUCAACACACACUCCACCUCAUGAGGUUAUCGCAUUCGUUCUACUUUUUCAGUUCCCGAAUAUUGAGAUGCAUGGUUUCCUCAUAUCUUCUUAAUCUUCUCCUCACCAAUUCUCCCGAGAACUACUCAGUAUACUCUCCUUUCCACUCACAACCUUGUCAUCUACACCUCUUUUGAUCCUAUAUGAGGCUCGCUUCAUUCAAUGCUACGCAUACAGCAUCAUCACUCCGGAACGCAUGUCUGAUAUGAUCCCAUCACUAUGUCCAUGGACCUUACGAAGUUGGGGAGAGCAGGAGACUGCGCGCGAAAACGCACCACUCCAACUUCAACUGGAUCCCUCCCAGCUAAUGCUAGGACUCAUGUAAAAUCAUACAAAGUGGAAAAGUCCCAAACGCCAAACUCCAAGGACUUGCCUGCUGUAAAAGACCUGGAUAAGUUCCGACCCAAGCGUGGGCCGGCCGUUAAAGAGUCACCUAAGUUACGCUCCCAACCUCUCGGCUCCUCAAAAGCAAAACUGAAUAGCACAGCUCGAGUCAUAAAAUCUGGUUGUACAAACAGCGUCAAAAAGCCAAAUCCAGGCCAAGUUGGCAGCGUUCUCGGAGUUUCUAAGAUACCUAGUGGAGAAACAAAAGCAAAAUAUGUGACUGCUAUGUCAGAUAGCCAUCGCAAGGUAACUAGCUCGGGCCGACAAGAUCCGUAUGAUAUCCCCUCUGGCAGCGAAGUCGAUGAUGCUUCGGGGGGAAAACGAGUAUCUAUUACUACUAGCCAAAGGAUCCACUCGUCUCCAAGUAAGGCGAGAGCGAAUACCAUUUCUUUGAGGAAUCCUAUAUAUACGCUACCAUUGACACCCACACCAACGUCUCGUACUCGCCCGGCUACCUCUAAUAGCCUUGGUUCAUCUCGAAACACCCCAAUCGAGAUCCCGGCAGACAACGCGAUCAUACCAUCAUCACCCCCAUCUCACGAUGUAGGAUCUAGUCAAAUAUCGACUUCCGUACGUCCACCCGUCAAAUCGUUUGGGAAGCGUUUCUCCCGUGCGACUAAUGAUCACCUAAAUACGACAGACGGGCUUCAAAACACGGCCCCGGUUUUAAUGUCUAAUAAUCCAAAGUCGAAGUCGACUCUUGGUCAACAUCGAAGUUCGCCGAUUUCACUCGAUAGUGAUAUCACUUCGUCUAAAAAGAAGCACGAAGACCGUAAAAAGCCUGUGGAAUAUGGACAACCCAGAAAAAACGGCCAGGCUGGGAGCUCGCCCAAUCAGCCUCAUAUCUCCGAUGCGCCCAACGGCCCAAAGCAGCAGCGAUGUCAAGGCAAUGAGGAUAAGGUUAGGAAGGCAAAAAAGACCAUCGCACUCCCGAAGAUCAUAAAGUCAUCGCCUGAGACGACCAUUCGUAGCGAAAGGAAGGCCGCGAAGGUCCAUUUCGAUCACGAAGAUGAUGAGCCUGCCCCAAAAGUCUCCGUCGAGGAGCCCGACCACUCUGAUGACGAAUACCUUCCGCCUUCUAACGAUGAGCAACAAUCAAUCGCAAGCUCGGAUAAUGGUGCCAUCUCGUCGCGAACGCCAAAACCCGGAACCCCAACAUGCGCUGUUGAAAACACACAACCGUCGGAAUCUAGCCCUACUCGAUGUCUCCGCAGUGAUUCGUACCCCGAACCCACAACUUCAUUCACCCCAAUCAACAAACCACCAUCGAAGCCAGCCAAGCGUGAAUCAACCACCAGAUCUCCAACAUCUAGAUCAAGUCACGAUCAUCCAGCAUCAGCAUGUAACGCUGUUCUUAGCAAGUCAAGCUCGCGCAAACGCGAAGUCAAGACAAAUAGAAAAGAUACCAGAAAGGACCGUCAAAUUGAUAGUGAAAACAUAAAUGGAAACGGACCAAAGAAUAGAGCAAAGGCACAAUGGACCCCGUAUACGUGGAUGGAAAAGUACGAAGUCAUGUUUCAGGUCAAAAAAGGCAAGUCCAUAAUCUUCAACGGACCGUUCUGUGGUUGGAUUCUUGAGGGACCCGGGGAGGGAAGCUAUAUGCCUGGCUAUCACGCACCGAGUGAAAGCACAUUAGCUAUUGCAGAGGAAGACGCUACCCUCAGAGCUAAGUCGAUGCUGGCCGACUCCCCAAUUGACUUAACAUCAGAAGGAGAAAAUCCAGAUGACGAAGUUCGCGAAAGUAAUAUUCAGCAAAACGCCCGCCAGGACACGAUAGUAUCAAACAAUGUAGAAUACUCAGCACCCAUUUCAAAAGAGGAAUCUCGUCACGCGGCGGACCCACCAUGUACACCAGAAGUAUCACGGGCCUCGGGGCCUGAACACGAAGAUAAGACCACAGGGCGAGCAGAGCGUAUGAAGAGAACGAGGCACUAUAUUCUUGCUAGUAGUUCUAGCGACACCACGGAUUCGCAACCAGUCAUUAACACCCCCGACCCAACCCUCAGUAAACUUCAACUUGGACUUACCUUGAAACCGGCUUUGACCACGGUGUCUAAUGAUAAUCCAUCCAUAUCAUCCGCUGCUUCUGAGGCAGCUCCCGCUCUCAUUGAACAGCAGCUGUUGAACGAUUGUGCGCCACCGUCGAACCAAGAAUUAGGAGAACUGAUGAGCUCGAGUCCUGCAAAACAAUAUGCGCGAGCUUCGUCCCCGUCAGUCCUAAAUGCCAAUGAACAAGCUGACUCCGGCGGCAAUGGUUCAAUCAAUAGUAGUAGCGAAUCUAGCUCCGGUAUUCCUGCCCGGAUGGAAACGCCACCGCAACUUGUAGCAGCACGGCGAAAGCAAGACGAGUCUCUUAGUUUGGACCACCCCAGCGCGGCACAUGUUACGAAUGGGAUCGCCGAAAGACGAACAACUAGAUUCUUGGCAGAACGCCCGCCCUCGGCAACGAAGUCCGGCCCCCUUCUAAGCAGGGCAAGUAGCAGUCAUAUCGGUGUGAAUGCCACACCGGGUCCACCCUGCUCGAAGACCAAUAUUAUGAUUGAGUUACCAGUUUUAACCGGGGAAGAGCAAGCCGAAUAUGAGGUGCUCUCUCCCUCUCGGGAAGCCAACGGUUUCUCUACGCCUCCGCCGAAAAGCCUCAAGGAGAUUAACGAGGCCACUUCAACAAUAAACACGGAAUCUAACAAUUCGGACGUGGAAGAAGCCCUGAAUUAUGUAUUACGCGAAUCGCCAAACUGGUUAGGUGGUAUCACAGAGCUGGAAGAGACGGAAGCGGGCGAUGCAGGAAUAAACAUGCCGAAGCCCUCAUUAAAACGAUCAGGCAAGGAUGUGCCGAAGAAGUUGUCGGCGGACACAUCCAAACUAAUUACACUGGACUCUAAUAACCAAGUUCCCAAUGUGCCACUCCCAACAUGUACCCAGGAGCUUACGAACAAGGACAAAAAACAACUAAAGCAGCCCCCUAGAACACCACGACGGGCACCCGAACCUAGAACUAGGGCGAGGAGUGGCGAUAAGACAAAUGAUCCACUCUCAUCAGACACCAGGGGAGAGAAGCGAAAUAUUCCUCCUUCAAACAUUUUAAUUGAUGAAUCGCCCAUUGCCAAAAAGCAGAAAACUGACGAUAAUCGAAGUUAUGAGACCGAGGGGAAGGUAAAGAAGGCCAAGAAGAAGAAUCACAGCAAACGAGAGCGUGAGCGAACUAGAAUCCGCCGAGAGCAGCAGCAGCAGCAGCAACAAUAG